GUGAAGAUGGCGGAUGUGUUGAGUGUUCUUCGUCAGUACAACUUCCAGAAAAAGGAAAUCGUCGCUAAAGGAGAUGAAGUUAUAUUCGGGGAGUUCUCCUGGCCGAAAAAUGUCAAGACCAACUACAUAAUCUGGGGUACUGGUAAGGAGGGCCAGCCCAAAGAGUACUAUACCUUGGACUCUAUCUUGUUCUUGCUCAACAAUGUCCAUCUUCCGCAUCCAUCCUAUGUUCGAAGAGCUGCAACAGAGAACAUUCCUGUUGUCAGAAGACCUGAUCGAAAGGGCUUGCUGUCGUAUCUCAAUGGCGAUAGUUCUUCAUCAACGAGUAUUGACAGAAGUGCACCUAUAGAGAUAGGUUUGCAACGGCCAACACAGGUCAAAAGAGCAGCUGAUGAAGUCUCUUCUGAAGCCAAAAAGCCAAGGAUUGAGGAUGAGGAGCGGGUGCGUCUGGACAAGGAGCGUCUUGCUGCCCGUCUGGAGGGCCACAAGGAAGGCAUCGUGCAGACUGACCAGAUCAGAUCUCUGUCUGAGGCCAUGUCCGUGGAGAAAAUCGCUGCCAUCAAAGCCAAGAUUAUGGCCAAGAAACGUUCCACCAUCAAAACAGAUCUGGAUGAGGACAUAACCUUGAAGCAGAGAAGCUUUGUGGAUGCAGAGGUGGAUGUCACCAGAGAUAUUGUCAGCAGAGAGAGGGUCUGGAGGACCAGGACAACCAUUCUCCAGAGCAGUGGAAAGAACUUCUCCAAGAACAUAUUUGCCAUUCUUCAGUCAGUGAAAGCCAGAGAAGAAGGCCGGGCACCAGAGCAGAGACCAGCACAGACCACAACUCAAGUGGACCCGUCCUUAAGGAACAAGCAGCCUGUCCCUGCUGCCUACAACAGAUACGAUCAGGAGCGAUUCAAAGGAAAAGAGGAAACGGAGGGUUUCAAGAUCGAUACCAUGGGCACCUACCACGGCAUGACCCUGAAGUCAGUGACGGAAGGAGCAUCUGCUCGGAAGGCCCAGACCCCUGCACUGCAGCCUGUCCCUCGUCCUGUUUCACAAGCCAGACCUCCACCAAAUCAGAAGAAAGGUUCCCGGACACCCAUUGUCAUCAUCCCUGCUGCCACCACCUCACUCAUCACUAUGCUCAAUGCUAAGGAUCUUCUGCAGGAUCUGAAGUUUAUCACAUCAGAAGAAAAGAAGAAGGGCGGCAUCCAGCGCGACAACGAGGUUCUGCUCCAGAGACGUAAAGACCAGAUUCAGCCGGGCGGCACGACACUGAGCGUGACUGUGCCCUACCGUAUCAUCGACCAGCCGCUCAAACUGGCUCCACAGGACUGGGAUCGAGUGGUGGCUGUGUUCGUGCAGGGACCUGCCUGGCAGUUUAAGGGCUGGCCGUGGCUGCUGCCCGAUGGAUCUCCUGUCGACAUUUUUGCCAAAAUUCGAGCCUUUCAUUUGAAGUAUGACGAGGCAAAGAUUGACCCCAACGUGCAGAAGUGGGAUGUGACCGUCCUGGAGUUGAGUCACCACAGGCGCCAUCUGGACCGGCCCGUCUUCCUGCGUUUUUGGGAAACCCUUGACAGAUACUUGGUAAAACACAAAGCUCACCUCAGGUUCUAAACCCAGAUCACGGCGUCCAUCCCCGAAAGUCCCACCAAUAAAUUCUCUUCCAGACCCGGCUCUCGCCGAGGUAUCCCCUCUCAUCCAAGCUGCCAUCCCAUCUUCUAAUACGAUCUCCAUGACAACAGGAGGAGGAGGGGGACAGAUCCUCCGGUGCUCUUCCUCCUGCACUUCCUCUGGGACUCCUAAUGCAAUGUGCUGGAUUUGUUGCUCUGGACACUGGAGAGGAGAUUUAUGGGAUUUGUGUUUCUGUUGUAAUUGUUUUCUAAUGUUUUCAUGUAGUUAAACGAAAAUACCAAAAUAUGUUUUAUAUAAAAAAAAGGCAACGUACUGUGGAAACAAUUUAAAUGAGAUGUUAAGCAACAUACGGGGGUGGAGGGGGAGCUGGGUUUGUCUGUGGUAAAAACUGAUUAUUAUGAAUUCAGCUCAGAAAUGUUUAGCUUGAGAGACGUGAAAAGAUCUCUCAGUGCAGCCACUCAGUUUGAGGAAAGAGACUCCCUUAUACUUAUAUUUUUUUCCAUUUUGGGUGUUUGUGGGCUGAAUGUACAUAAAUUAUGAAACCUGUUCGAGCAGAGAGGCAGAUGCAGUUAAGGGAUUUAAUUUAGAGAGCUACUCUGCUCGGGCUCAAUAAAAGAAUCUCAGUCAAGCAGCCAGUUCCUGGAUCAGUUUUUGGCGGUUCAGCACAUCUGGGUCAUGCAAUGACCCUGAUUAAGUCUUCUUUUUCUUCUUUGUUGGUGUCACGCUAGAGGAGAGAAAUGAUGCAAGUAUUGCUUUAAGUCAUCACAUAAAAAUAGACAAUAAAGCCUCAGAGAAACAAA